AUGAAAUCGCUCUGCACUUGCGCCGCAUUUGCGGUCGCGGCCGCUAUAGCGCAGGGGAGCUUCGCAACUGCCUUCAGUCAAAAUGGCAGGGCACUCCGAACUGUGCGAAACUCAAACGCAACUGAUUUAACACCCAUAGGAGGCGAUAAAUACUGCACGGUUACAAUAAACGCAUGGCGGAAGAAAAUUGACUCAGCCGCUAUCGACUAUGCAGCACUCGAUAGUGCAGCUCCUGGCACUGACAUUCAAACUUUUCUCGGCGCAAAUGAGUGCACUGCAUUGAAGUCUGGAGACUUUAACCAUAUCGUAGGUCAACCAGGGCAUGUAACAAGCUUUUAG